CAGAUGGGGCUACAAGAGGAUCUGAGAGCAGCUGGAGCAUCAGCCAGGCAUCCCCGGGAGUCUGGUCCCCAAUCAGACGAGGGUCUUCACGAUUGGGUUCCCCAUCAGGAGAUUGGAGACGGAUGGGAUGGGAGCAGAGCCCGAGAGAGCGAGAGGACCAUGAGAGAAAGGAAGAGCCCGAGGAAAAGCUGCAGAAGAAGCAGCAGCAGCGUGGACUGGUGAUGGUGGAGCAGAGAGACAUAGGGGGCUGCCCAGGGGUCAGUGGGGAAACACGCCUGCAGGGGCGAGACCCUGGGACAGAGAGAACUGUGGUGGUGCAGCCCCAGAUGCUGAGGGACUGUGGGACCUGGGUGAAGUUCCCUGGGGUGAGGCCCCUCGGCCUGCCUAUGGCCCAGAUCCCUGUGCAGACUCAGAAGGGGUCGGGCUGGCUGGUAGUUGGGGUUCUCCAGGAUAUCGGCUGGGAGGCCCUGUUGGGGGGUGACUGUCUUCCCAUGGGACAGGAUCCAGGCCCCGCUCCUGUAACGGCCGAGGGUUUGAAUUCAAAUCCAGGGAACCAAUUGGCUAGGAUUGAAAUGGUCAGUGAAAAUGCAAAUGACCUGGCUGGCAGAGGGGAGGGGCUGCUGGGCUCAGGAUACCUGCCUACCUGUAACCAGCCCCCUGGGGCUGAGAGGGAGGGAGAGAUGCUCCCCGCCCCCCUGCACACCGGAGAGGGGGCUCACGCUGGCUCUGAUGCUGUGACCAGAGCAGAGAGCUCGCUGCCUGCCCCCACUGGGACAGCAAGGGCAGCGCUGAGCACGGGGGGAGCUGAGACCCCAGCUGAGUGGGGGGACACCCGGGCAGGGCAGGUCGGCUGCCAAACAGGUUUGCCCGGUCCAGACAUGCUGCUGGGAAGUGAUUACACAGCAGGAAGGGAGCUACCAGGGACAGGGCUCAGGGGGGCUGUGACCCCAGGCCCAGCCAGCGAGAGGGAGCAGGUCCCACUCCCUGCCCCAGCUGCUGGAUCCCAGACCGAGCUGCAGAGGGAUCCCUCCUUGGAGAAGCUGAGAGAACUUGCUGGCCACAGCGCUGCAAACCCCCUUGGGGAAGGCUGCAGGGACAGAGUCCUGCAAGAGAAGGGAUUCCUGUACCGGGAAUGGGCUCCCCAAGGGGAAGUAGAACUGGGGCGAAUCGGGAGACAGCUGGUGGUGCCCCAGGAAUCCACAGGGUUCUUCCCUUUCGAGCUGCUGGAUGGGAGGAGAGUGAGGGGACCCCUGAACCUGGAGAGAGAGGUCAGGGAUAUGCUGGCUUUAGAUGGGAUCCAGCCAUUUUACAGCCCAUGGGCCUCACCCGUGGGGCUGAUCCCCAAGCGAGACAGGAUGAUCUGGUUUUAUGGGGGCUAUCAGAAGCUUAAAGCCAUCACAGUGUCCGAUGCCGACCCCAUGCCUAGGCCUGGGGAGAUUCUAGACAAGCUGAGAGGGAUGGAGAACUUGGCCCUGGCAGACACUGAUAACAUGUGCAUCUUUAGCCAGACCUGGGAGGAACAGGUGUCCCAGGUGAAGAGGGGGCUGGGCUGCCUCAAGGAGGUGGGACUGACGGUAAAAGCUGGAAAGUGCAAGGGGGGACGGCAGAGGUGUUGUGUCUGGGCCACAAAGUGGGAAGCGGCUGCCCAAGCCCAGAGCUGGCAAAGGCCAAGAUGGGGGCUCUUAACCAAGGGAGCCCGAAUCACAGACCAGAGUGCUGGGAAAAGACCCAAUCCCAGCUUGAAGCCCAGGGGUACUGGGGUGGCAAAGGGUGUGGGCUGCAUAAACGUUCCCACAUGCGGCCUGCAAGUGCCAUCAAGCACACCCGACCUAAGGGAGGGCGUAAGACUGGACUGUCCUGGUGUAACUCAGACCAAGGGAUGGGAGAGAUGCUGGGGCAUCCAUGGGAACCUUGGUGGGUUCGAACUUCCCCAGGUCACUGGCUGGAGUGACCUCGCUCAGUUCGGUCUCGAAGGGGGGAGAGAUGUGACGAACUGGGAAAGUUCUUAAUGUUUUCUCUGAAUACUGUGUUGGUGCCUCAGUGUCCCCAUGGCAGUUCUUAAGUAUCUGGCAGAGCAAAGGGCCAGUGCACCUAAAUGCCUGACACUCUGUCUCCUAGCAACUGAUGGCCUGGGCCCCUCCUCUGCAAAGGUGCCAGCUGAAGGUGUUGGAGACAAAGGGAUCAGGUGACCUCCUGGCCUGGGAAAGGAGCUGAGCAGAGAGGAGGGGCUGGAAGGGGUGGUUAGUCUGGAGCUGGCUGGGGUCGAGGAGUGAAGUGCAGACGUGGGUGGUCUGGUUCACUGCCCCCCAGAAUGGACCCGGCCGAGGGGUCCGGUUUGCUGUACCUACAAGCUCUGUUUUAGACCCUGUUUCUGUCAUCGAAUAAACCUCUGUUUUACUGGCUGGCUAAGAGUCAUGUCUGACUGCAAAGUGGGGGUGCAGGACCCGGUGGCUUCCCCAGGACCCCACUGAGGCGGGCUUG